AUGUGCAGGGCGGCGUAUUCUCCCGUCGUGAGGCUCACGUUGUUGGUGCUUCACUUCUCUCUGUCCGCCGCCGCCGUCACCAGCAACUCCACCGGUGGGUCCCGCCGGCUGAUCAUCGGCUUCCAGGCCCCCUGGAACAUGACCCUGCCCUUCAGCGCCCCCCGGCUGGGCUCGGCCAUACAGAUCGCCGUGGAGAAGGUGAACAGCAAUCCGUCCUUCCUGGGCAACUACAGUCUGGAUUUUGUGUACACGGACACCGACUGCAACCCCAAGAUUUCCCUGGGAGGGUUCAUCCACCAGGUGUGGAAAGAAAACGUGUCGGCGCUGUUCGGUCCGGCGUGUCCCGAAGAAGCCGAGGUCACCGGUCUCAUUGCAUCCACGUGGAACAUCCCCAUGUUCGGCUUCGUGGGACAAUCCUCCAAAACGGACAACACCGACAUCUACGAUUCCUACAUAAAAAUCGUGCCCCCUCUCAAAAGAAGCUCGGAGGUCCUGGUGAAGACCCUGGAGUUCUUCGGCUGGAGUCACGUGGCGAUGAUCGGCGGGGGAUUGGAUUCGAACACCUGGGACAAAGUCGACGCUUUGUGGAAAACCGUCGAGAAUCCGCUGAGAGACAAAUUCAAACUGGCCGCCGCCGUAAAGUUUGACACCAGCAACCCUCAGCUGGUCCGCCGCAAUGUGAAGUUCAUCGCAACAGUCGCCAGAGUUAUUGUGGUGCUCACCAACUCCAUGGACUCCAUGGCUCUGUUGCUGGAGGCUGAGCGUCAGGGUCUGAUGAAUGGCGACUACGUGUUCUUCUUGGUGCAGCAUUUUGAGGAUAACAUGUGGAAGUAUAACCUGAACAGCAGGACUAACCAAGCCGCCAUCAGAGCUUUUGACAUGACCUUCGUCAUCGGCCAGAAAUCCUACGAGGGCUACGAGUAUUAUGACUUCUUUGAGCAGGUUUUUGAGAGGCUGAAAGGACACCCGUUUGAGAGCAACCUGACGUCUGAAAGAGAGGUCAGCCCGUACUCGGCUUACCUGCACGACGCGGUGCUUCUUUACGCGAUGGCGCUGAAGGAAGUGCUCAAGGAAGGCAAAGACCCUCACGAUGGACGGCAGCUGCUGCAGAGAUUAAAGAAUAGAAACAACAUCCGAUUUAAUGGUGCUUCCGGACUGGUCCACUUUGACAAAGACGGGGAGAGAAAAUUGGACUAUUCCAUUUAUGACCUGCAGCAUGUGGGACACACCACCAAGUUUGAAGCCAUCCUCAAUUUUGACAGCCACACCAACUCUGUCCGACCAACGUCUAUGUUCGCUUCUGUGGUCUGGCCGAGAGGGAGACCCCCGUCUGAUAAACCCGAAUGCGGUUACAACAACGAACUCUGCGACUGGCUCGUUAAUGACAUCGCCCUGCUGGCUGUGCUCGUGACCUUCCCCGUCAUCGGCGUGCUGGCCGUUUUGGGCAUCGGGGUCCUCGUCCUGCAGAAGUUACGCCUCCAGACGAAGCUCGACGACUCCAGCUGGUGGCUGAUCAGCUACGGCGACAUCACCGUCGUCCGGGAGCACUCGGGGUUUCAGGGUUUGUCUCUGAGCACCACAGUCAGUCAGAGUCGCAGCAGCGGCUCCCAGUCGACCUUCUCCAACGCCAGCUAUGGCCUGAAGGACAAGACGGGCAGAGAACACGUCUACACCACCAUCGGCCUCUACCAGGGAAAUAAAGUGGCCGUCAAGUACCUCAAGAACCACGUCGGCAUUCAUUUCCAGAAACCUUCAAUUAUCGCAGAGUUCAAUGUGAUGAAGGAGAUGAAACACGAGAACUUGGUUCAGUUCUUCGGCGUUUGCAUCGAGCCGCCGAAUGUCUGCCUGGUGAUCCAGUACUGCACGAAGGGCAGUCUGAAGGAUGUUCUGAAGUCAGAUGUUGACCUGGACGGGAUGUUUAAGCUGUCCUUUGCGUAUGAUAUCGUCAAUGGAAUGGAGUUCAUCCACAAAAGUAACCUGAAAUUUCACGGCACCCUGAAGCCCAGCAAGUGUCUGGUGGACAGCCGGCUGCAGAUUAAACUCUCUGGCUUCGGCCUGUGGGAGUUUAAAUACGGGAGCAAAAACAAGAUCGUCAAACUGGAGAACCCCGAUCAUUCAGAGAUGUACUGGACGGCCCCCGAGCUCUUAAGACAAGUCGGUCUCCAGGUCUGCGGGACGCCCAAAGCGGACGUCUACAGCUUCGCCAUCAUCAUGUGGGAGCUCAUGUACAACGCCAAGCCUGGCCCGUACCAUGAGAUCAACCUGGGGCCCAAAGAGAUCAUCAAGCAGCUGCGGACACCUUUCCAAGGGGAGCCCCUCCGACCAGCGCUGUCCGAGGAGCUCUGCGAUGAAAACAUCAACUCCCUGCUGAAGGCCUGCUGGAACGAGAACCCCGACCACCGGCCGCCGUUUGCGUCCAUACGGAGACAGCUGAGGGACACCAGCCCAGACAGUCAUGCAAAUAUUCUGGAUAAUAUGGUGGCAAAGCUGGAGAAAUAUGCAAAUCACUUGGAGGAGGUUGUGGAGGAGAGGACCAAUCAGCUCACGGCAGAGAAGACCCGCGCAGACAAGCUCCUCUCCAGCAUGUUACCGAGGUACAUCGCGGAUCAGCUGAUGGCGGGCGUGUCCGUGGAGCCUCAGAGCUACGAGGCGGUGACCAUCUUCUUCUCCGACAUCGUGGGCUUCACGUCCAUGUGCUCCGUCAGCUCGGCGAUGGAGGUGGUGGCGUUCCUCAACGACCUCUACAGCCUCUUCGACGACGUCAUCAAGAUGUACGACGUCUAUAAAGUGGAAACAAUCGGUGAUGCAUACAUGGUCGCCAGCGGUCUACCCAUCAGCAACGGCCUUCAGCAUGCUUUGGAGAUAUCCACAAUGGCGCUGCAUUUCCUAAGCGCCAUCAAGGUCUUCAGAAUCCACCACAUGCCCACCGAGAGACUCGCGAUCCGCAUCGGGAUACACUCAGGUCCAGUGGUCGCCGGGGUGGUCGGCACCACGAUGCCUCGCUACUGUCUCUUUGGCGACACGGUGAACACGGCCUCCCGCAUGGAGAGUAACAGCUCACCCCUCAAGAUUCACAUAUCUCAGACCACGGCCGACAUUCUGGUCCAGGCCGGUUCGUUUGAGAUGGAGGAAAGAGGGGAAGUUGAAAUUAAGGGAAAAGGGUCUGUGAAGACCUACUGGCUGCUAAGCAAACAGGGGUUUAAUCCUCCUCUCAUUGCUCACAGCUCUCCGCUCGCGACCCCUCUCAAACUACAAACACAGGUACGGGCAGCACAGAAACUGGGGAUGGCCAGAGUUGCUGAGAAAAGGGCCCACGCAACCCUGAACAAAGCUAAGAUGACUGCGGUGGACAUUUGA